CUUCCGGCUCACUCUAAGGGCCGGAAGUUGUGUCCGGGCCGCGUCAACCUAGGACUGCGGGUCGGAGUGCGGCUGCGACUGCAACCAUGGGCGGGAAGAACAAGCAGCGGACCAAGGGGAACUUGAGGCCUUCAAACAGUGGUCGAGCUGCAGAACUCCUUGCCAAAGAACAGGGAACAGUGCCUGGAUUUAUUGGUUUUGGAACAACUCAGAGUGACCUAGGCUAUGUUCCUGCUAUUCAAGGAGCUGAAGAAAUAGACAAUCUUGUAGAUUCUGAUUUCCGAAUGGUGCUGCGGAAACUUUCCAAGAAAGAUGUCACAACAAAAUUAAAAGCUGUGCAGGAAUUUGGAACCAUGUGUACAGAGAGAGAGACAGAAAUUGUAAAAGGAGUUCUUCCAUAUUGGCCAAGAAUUUUCUGCAAAAUUUCACUUGAUCAUGACCGCCGGGUUCGAGAGGCUACACAGCAAGCUUUUGAGAAACUUAUCCUUAAAGUAAAGAAACACUUGGCUCCCUAUUUAAAAAGUUUAAUGGGAUAUUGGCUAAUGGCUCAAUGUGAUACUUACACACCAGCUGCAGCUGCAGCAAAAGAUGCAUUUGAAGCGGCUUUCCCUCCAAGCAAGCAACCAGAAGCCAUAGCAUUUUGUAAGGACGAAAUUACAAGUGUGCUGCAAGAUCACCUUAUAAAGGAAACACCUGAUACCCUCAGUGACCCACAAACUGUUCCAGGGGAAGAAAGAGAAGCUAAAUUCUAUCGAGUUAUAACUUGUUCCUUAUUGGCAUUAAAGAAAUUGCUUUGCCUCUUGCCUGAUAAUGAAAUUGAUUCUCUGGAGGAGAAAUUUAAGUGUCUUUUAACACAGAAUAAGUUUUGGAAGUAUGGAAAACACAGUAUACCUCAGAUCCGUUCAGCUUAUUUUGAGUUAAUUUCUGCUUUGUGCCAGCAUAUUCCACAGUUGAUGAAUGAUGAAGCAUCCAAAGUCAGCCCAGCUGUUCUACUUAGCAUUGAUGACAGUGACCCCAUUGUAUGCCCGGCUCUCUGGGAAGCCGUACUUUAUACACUUACAACUAUUGAGGACUGUUGGCUUCAUGUAAAUGCAAAAAAAAGUGUGUUUCCUAAGCUGUCUGCUGUGGUUCGUGAAGGUGGUCGAGGUCUGGCUACUGUUAUAUAUCCUUAUCUUCUGCCAUUUAUCAGCAAACUCCCACAGUCCAUUACAGUUCCAAAGUUGGAUUUCUUCAAAAAUUUCCUCACUUGUGUAGUUGCAGGGCUCUCAACAGAAAGAAUCAAAACCAGCUUUUCAGAGUGCUCAGCAGUAAUAGCUGCCUUUUUUGAAUGCUUACGUUUUAUAAUGCAGCAAAACCUAGGUGAGGAAGAGAUUGAAGAGAUGCUCGUUAAUGAUCAGUUGAUUCCUUUUAUUGAUGCAGUUCUCAAAGACCCAAGAUUGCAAAAUGGGCAAUUAUUUAACCAUUUAGCAGAAACUUUAAGUUACUGGGAAACCAAGGCAGAUAUGGAAAGAGAUGAUAAGACAGUUCACAACUUGGAGAAAGUGCUGCUAAAUUUCUGGGAAAGACUGUCAGAGAUCUGUGUUGAGAAAAUUAAUGAAUCAGAAGCUGAUGUUACGUCUGUGUUGGGUGUAUCUAGCCUUUUACAGGUCCUUCAGAAGCCGAAGAGCUCAUUGAAAUCAAAUAAAAAAAAAGUUUGUAAGGUUAGAUUUGCUGAUGAGAUAUCUGAAAGUAACAAAGAGAAUGAAAAAUGUUUGUCCUCAGAAGGGGAGAGCAGUGAAGGCUCCGAGUUAAUGACAGAAUCUCACCUUACUCUUAAUUCUUCAGAUCUUUUAUCUCCUCUAAGGAAAAAACCUUUGGAAGACUUAGUCUGUAAACUGGCCAAGAUGAGUAUUAAUUAUGUCAAUGAACAAAAAUCGGAGCAACAUCUAAGGUUUCUUUCCACUCUGCUCAAUUCCUUCUCUUCAGGCCAGGUAUUUAAAAUGCUAUUAGGCAAUGAAAAAAAGAACAUUGUCAAAGCUAAACCUCUUGAAAUAGCUCAACUUGCACAAAAAAAUCCUGCAGUGCAGUUUUUAUACCAGAAGCUAAUAGGCUGGCUAAAUGAAGAUCAAAGGAAGGAUGCUGGUUUCCUGGUGGACAUUUUGUAUAGUGCUCUCCGUUGCUGCGAUGAUAAUAUGGAAAGAAAAGAUGUCUUGGAGGAUUUAACUGAGGUGGAUCUGAAAUGGAAUUCUCUUCUUCAGGUUAUGGAAAAGGCAUGUUCUAGUCCAGAAAAACAUGCUUUAGUAACUCUUUGGCUAAAAGGAGAUAUCCUUGGAGAGAAAUUGGCAUGCUUGACAGAUCACUUAUGUAAUAAGGGCUUGGAAUCUACAAUAUCUUCAGAAUCUUACUUCUCAGAAAAAUGGACUCUUCUAAGUUUGGUAUUAUCUCAACAUGUUAACAACGAUUACUUAAUUGGAGAAGUAUAUGUUGAAAGAAUCAUUGUUAAACUUCAUGAAACUUUAUCCAAAGCAAAGCAAUUUUCAGAAGCUGAAAAUAAUGAUUCAUCAGUGUCUUUUAUCUGUGAUGUGGCCUAUAACUAUUUCAACUCAGCAAAAGGAUGCUUGCUAAUGCCAUCAUCUGAAGAUUUGUUAUUAACUCUCUUUCAGUUGUGUGCUCAGAGCAAAGAAAAAACGCAUUUGCCAGACUUGCUUAUCUGUAAACUGAAAAACACUUGGCUCUCUGGUGUAAAUUUAUUGGUCCAUCAAAUUGACAAUCCGUAUAAACAGAGUACCUUCCUACAUUUGUCUGCUCUAUGGCUCAAGAACCAAGUUCAGUCUUCAUCUUUGGAUAUCAAAAGUCUUCAAGUCCUCUUGUCUGCUGUUGAUGAUUUACUGAACACACUUAUAGAGAGUGAAGAUCCUUAUCUUCUGGAAGAUUAUAUUGGAAGUGUAAUGCCAAAUGACAGUGAAUGGGAAAAGAUGAGAUAUUCUCUUCCUAUGCAGUGGUUGCAUAGACCUCUUUUAGAAGGAAGAUUGAGUUUGAAUUACGAGUCUUUCAAAACAGAUUUUGAAGAACAAGAUAAAAAGAAACUACCCAGCCAUUUGUGUACGUCAGCCUUGUUGAGCAAAAUGAUGUUAGUUGCAUUGAAAAAGGACAUAGUCCUAGAAAAUAAUGAGCUUGAGAAAAUAAUUGCAGAAUUGCUCUAUUCACUGCAGUGGUGUGAAGAUUUAGACAAUACUCCUAUUUUUCUAACUGGAUUUUGUGAAAUGCUUCAAAGAAUGAAUAUUACAUAUGAUAACUUAUGUGUACUUAGUAAUACUUCUGACCUUUUGCAGCUGUUAUUUAAUAGAUCCAGGGAAAAUGGCACACUUUGGUCUCUUAUUAUUGCUAAGUUGAUCCUUUCUCGAAGCAUUUCAUCUGAUGAAGUAAAACGACAUUAUAAGAGACAAGAAGGUUUUUUUCCACUAACAGAAGGUAAUUUGCAUACCAUUCAAAGUCUCUGUCCGUUUUUGUCAAAAGAAGAAAAGAAAGAAUUAAUUGCUCAGUGUGUACCAGCCCUUUUGACCCGGACUAAGAAAGAUCUUUGCAGUAUUGAUGGAGGUUUUGGAUAUCUUGCUAUUUUCAAUUCUUGUCUUCAAACCGGAAGUGUAGAUGAUGGAGAGCUAUUACAUGGUAUACUAAAAAUGAUAGUAUCCUGGAAGAAAGAUCAUGAGGAUAUUUUCCUUUUCAGUUGUAAUCUGUCAGAAGCAAGUCCAGAGAUACUGGGUGUAAAUAUAGAAAUAAUCCGCUUCCUGUCACUAUUUCUGAAAUACUGCUCGUCUCCUUUGGCAGAGAGUGAAUGGGACUUCAUCAUGUGUUCCAUGUUGGCUUGGUUGGAGACAACAAGUGAGAAUCAUGAAUUGUAUUCUGUUCCACUUAUACAACUGUUUGCCUGUGUCAGCUGUGAUUUGGCCUGUGAUCUCAGUGAUUUUUUUGAUUCCACAUCUCUGGAUACCAUCGGCAAUCUUCCUGUAAAUCUAAUCAGUGAAUGGAAAGAAUUUUUUUCCCAAGGAAUCCACAGUUUGCUUUUACCUCUUUUGGUGACUAUUACAGGAGGAAGCAAAGAUACCUCUGAAACAUCCUUUCGGAAUGCAGUGCUGAAGCCCAUGUGUGAAACAUUAACAUAUAUCACAAAGGAUCAACUGUUGGGUCACAAACUCCCUGCAAGACUUGUUGCUGGCCAAAAAACAAACUUCCCAGACCAUCUCCAGACUUUGUUGAAUACAUUGGCCCCAUUACUCCUCUUCAGAGCUAGACCUGUGCAAAUUGCUGUUUAUCAUAUGCUAUAUAAAUUGAUGCCUGAAUUACCACAAUAUGAUCAGGAUAAUCUAAAGUCAUAUGGAGAUGAAGAAGAAGAACCAGCUCUGUCACCACCGGCAGCUCUGAUGUCUCUUCUUAGCUCUCAAGAGGACUUACUAGAAAAUGUUUUGGGGUGUAUUCCUGUUGGUCAGAUAGUAACUAUUAAGCCACUGAGUGAGGACUUCUGUUAUGUUCUGGGAUAUCUCCUCACAUGGAAAUUAAUACUUACUUUCUUCAAAGCUGCUUCAUCUCAGCUUCGGGCUCUGUAUUCAAUGUACCUUCGGAAAACAAAGAGUUUGAAUAAAUUGCUCUAUCACCUGUUUAGGCUUAUGCCAGAAAAUCCUACCUAUGCAGAGUCGGUUCUUGAACUCUCAAAUAAGGACCCUAAAACAUUUUUUACUGAGGAACUCCACUUGAGUAUUAGAGAAACAGCAACUCUUCCAUACCAUAUUCCACAUUUGGCUUGUUCAGUCUAUCGUAUGACAUUAAAAGACUUGCCUGCCAUGGUUAGGCUGUGGUGGAAUAGCAGUGAGAAGCGUGUUUUCAAUAUUGUAGAUAGAUUUACAAGCAAGUAUGUCAGCAAUGUGCUUUCUUUUCAAGAAAUAUCUUCUGUGCAAACAAGUACACAACUGUUUAAUGGCAUGACGGUUAAAGCUCGAGCUACCACUCGAGAAGUAAUGGCUACUUAUACUAUUGAGGACAUAGUUAUUGAACUUAUAAUACAACUGCCUUCAAAUUAUCCAUUGGGUUCGAUAACAGUGGAAAGUGGGAAAAGAGUUGGUGUGGCUGUUCAGCAGUGGCGGAACUGGAUGUUGCAGUUAAGCACUUACCUCACCCAUCAAAAUGGCAGUAUUAUGGAAGGCUUAGCAUUGUGGAAAAAUAAUGUGGACAAACGUUUUGAGGGUGUUGAAGAUUGCAUGAUCUGUUUCUCAGUCAUUCAUGGUUUCAACUAUUCUCUUCCCAAAAAAGCAUGUCGAACAUGCAAGAAAAAGUUCCAUUCAGCCUGUUUGUACAAAUGGUUUACGUCUAGCAACAAAUCCACUUGUCCACUCUGUCGAGAGACCUUUUUCUGAGAUAUUUUCUUUUGUGGAAGUGUGAUCCCUGCAGUAAAUCAAGCAAAAGCAUUGGUUUCGGAUCCAUCUUAAAGUGUUGAUGUGAAGAAGCCAGUGAGCGUUACUUUUAAAUAGGACCUUCUCUUGAAAAUUAUUUUGGUUAAUGUAAUGAUACUAAAAUCAGGCUUAUUUAUCUUUAGAUUGCUUUGUAAAUGUUGGAAACCUUUUCUUUUACAUAAGAAUAUUACAUAUUUGAGAGGCGAUAUUUAUAUUAAUAGUUUACUCUAUUUGUAUAUUUAAAAAUAAAUAUGAAAAAAUCCUAAAUUACAGAAUUGAAAUUUUUUAAAGCAUUGUAAAACUAUACCUAUAUUAUACUGUGAAGCUAUUCACUUUGUUGAUUUGUGCUGGUGAACAGUCCAAGUGAGACAAAAUGAAUUGAGAAGGUUAAUGAUUUACACCUACAGAUAUUUUAAGACUUGCUAUUUAUUAGUUAUGACAAAAAUAAUUCAAAAUAUUCUGAUAUUUGUAGAUUUUUUUUUAAUGAUACAAAUGACACUAAGCUAUUUAAUAUAGCUUAUCUUAAGUUAUUUGAAGCAUGCCCUGAAAUCCUAUAUAAAAGAGUGUAAGCUGAUCUUUAAGGUGCUCCAUUUAUCAAGAGUUAUAAAAUUCAGAAAAUUAAAUUUAUAACACUGACACUUUGCUUAUGAAAGAAGAAUUCCCAUGUUAUUAGUGAAAAAUGAAUUGCAGACUUGUCUGUGAAUUUAUUACUCAGUUUGAGCAAGUCUCUGGAGUGUGAGAAUUUGAGAGAAAUAGGAUUAGAUUAUUUUAUUUAUGAAGCAGAGUGGUAGUAAUCCCUCUAAUGAGAGGGAAGAAGUAAAUGAGUAUUUCUGAAACAUAAAGUCUGGCAGGAAAACAAAAAGUUUAAAAGUGCUGUAGGAGACUUUCCAUUUUGUAAGCAAAUUUUUACUCUUCUUACUGGUCAAAGUUACACUAAGGGAUUUGGAGCUAAUGUUUUCGGCCUUCAGAAAUGAAAGUAACAAUUUUAAUAUUAAGUAGAUGCAGUGUAACAGACUGAAGUGGUAAAAACCUGUUUUUUACCAUAGCACUAUUAUCCUUAAAAAUUAUACCCAAAAUAUAAAAGUGUGGAAAUUUGAAACUUGGAUUAAUUUUAUUGCAGUCUUCUAUUACAUGAGAAAUAUUAGCCUAUUGAAUGACUAGGUUACUUGAGGUCAGCUAAUCAUCUCUGCUGCAAAUGUUUAAUUGGCAAAAAGCAACUCAUGUUAAAUAAAAUUGCUUACCACCAA